AUGCCAAUCACCAAGUUGCUGGAAGAAUUUACUGAUAUCUUUCCAGAAACGCUUUUGGAUGAACUUCCACCUUCGCGUCGUGUUGACUUCAAACUGAACAUGAAACCUGAUGCUGUUUCAAGCAAUCGUGGUCCGUUUCGCCUGUCCAAGGUGGAACAGGAUGCACUCGACCUGUUUGUCGCGGGAAAGUUGAAGAAAGGCUGGAUCGAAGUCUCUGAUUCUCCGUGGGUACCCAAUAUCUAUGGUAUCCCAAAGAAAGAUCCUACUUCAGGCCAUCAAUUAUCUCGUUCUGAGUGA